ACUAAGGAAAGGGGGUGGAAUCAGUCAAGGGCUGGAUGUAAACACACACACACACACAUACACACGCACACCCUGCAUCCUUGUGCAAGCAUCGCAGCAUCAGGAUCAGCAGCAUCCACCUCACUUACAGCAUGGCGGAAGGCUCCGGAUCAGCGUCUCUGGCGGACGUCGAGGCGGCGUUCAAGAAGUUUGCGGUGCACGGAGACACCAAAGCCACCGGGAAAGAGAUGAACGGCAAGAACUUCGCCAAGAUGUGCAAGGACUGCAAGGUGAUCGACGGGAAGAACGUGACCGGGACCGACGUGGACAUCGUCUUCAGCAAAGUCAAAGCCAAGACGGCACGCGUGAUCACAUUCGAGCAGUUUAACCAGGCCAUGACGGAGCUCGCUCCCAAACGCUUCAAAGGGAAGAGCCAGGAGGAGGCGCUGCAGCAGCUUUACUGCCUCCUCUCAGGCAAAGGGCCCACUAACGUGGGCGUCACGAAAGCGGCGAAGGCGGCCGCCGUGGACCGCCUGACGGACACCAGUAAAUACACCGGCUCUCACAAGGAGCGCUUCGACGAGUCGGGGAAAGGGAAAGGCAAAGUGGGAAGAGAGGACAUCCCGGAUAACAGCGGCUACGUGAGCGCGUACAAGGGUCAGGACACCUACGAGAGCAAGCUGAAGGAAAGCUAACCAGCGGAUGGAAGCAUCAGAGGACCGUUCGGAUUAAUAUUUGUGCACGUUUAUUGUGUAUUAUAGACCCGGUACUUAAUCUGUGUUCUAUCUAAACCUUGAACUAACCUCAACUUGCAAGGUGAACAAAAUAGUAUAGAAGACUAUAUAGUAGCUAUAUUGAAUGUGUGUGUAUUUAUAUUUAUUUUAAACUUCAAAGUAUACUCACAGAGGCUUCCUCUUUCUAUACUAACACUAGUGCCUUAUUAGAGGUAAUAUUAGCGCUGUGGCUAACAUUUGCAAGACAAAUUUAAUCCCUAGCUGCUUUGUGUGUCUAAUAUACUGUAGAUGUGUGUAUAAGCGCUGCCUUUUUAUAUCGCCAAUAUAACCCGAGUACGUACAUUAUUAAUUCAAGCAGUGAUGUUUGCCAUGUAUUGCAUCCCCUACCUUCCAAUAAAUAACUGCACUUAAUGCUUUAAAUGAAAAGCUUGAAUGAUUUAAGCGUCUCAGCGUCUCACUAUAGACACAGGGAUGGUUCCUUGUGCCAGCUUAGUUUUGUGCCUCACAUUUUCUGUCUGAAUGUGCAAAACGAUACCUGUAAGCAUCCAGAAAGUUCUCAAAUAAAGUCUUGGCUUGAAACCUC